AUGAACAAGCAGCUAUCAAUCUUUACACAACAAACGCCAAUUUAUCGAUUACUGAAUGAGGCUUUACGAAAAGUAGAUAGACGCUCUUUGAGUCUCUGGUACGGAUAUGUGAAACUGUUUUUAGCUGCACUUUAUAAAUUACCUCCAUAUCGAGGUACAGUAUGGUGUGGUAUACCGCACGAUCUAAGCACGAAAUACCGUAAAGAUGAUGAACGCAUAUGGUGGUCAUUUGGAUCGCGCAUAUCAUCAUUGGAUAUUCUUACAUCACCUAACUUUUUGGGUGCUUCUGGAGUUCGCACACUAUUCAAUAUUGGAGUGUUUGAUGGUCGGAGGAUAAGCGAAUUUUCUGAAUUCAAUGCAGAAGAUGAGAUUUUACUUUUACCCGGUACCUAUGUUCGUGUCGUUAGCGAAAUGAAGCAGUCGGGUGGUCUUCACAUCAUCCAUUUAAAACAAAUAGAACCCCCAUAUUUCUUGCUGGGAUCACCAGAAAAAGUAGAUCGCAAGUCACCACACGUGUCACAGUAUCAUAAAUAA